AUGUCACUCAGCAGUGCAGCCAGAAGUCUGAGUGUCCGAGAUAUGGGAAAGGCUGGAGAGGACCCCAGCACUCCUGCAGUGGCGGUGGGAGGGGCCUGGGGCGGCCCAGCCAGUUUGCCAGGACUAGGGACCGGCCUGGCCACUGCCGCUUCGAGGGCCCAGCAGCAGAUGACCAGCUCGCAGAAGACCCUGGUGCUGGGGCUGAAGUCCCUGCAGGAGGAGCCCGUGGAGAGCUUCCUGAUCACUGUGGACAAGUCAGACCUGUACAACCCGGAGGAAGCCAUCCGACCCCCCAACACCCUCUACCAAGGCUGCUACUUCAAAGCACAUAUUAAAUUUCCUAUUGACUGUCCAUAUUCACCACCUGCCUUCAGAUUCUUGACCAAAAUGGUGCACCCCAACAUUUAUGCGAAUGGAAAUGUGUGCAUUUUGAUUCUUCACCCGCCUGCAGAUGACCCACAGAGUGGAGAGCUGCCUUUUGAAAGGUGUAACCCUACUCAGAACGGGAGGAGUUUCCUGUUAAGUGUAAUCUCACUGCUUAAUGAGCCCAAGACCUUCUCCCCAGCCAGUGCAGAUGCCUUAGUUAUGUUCAGGAAAGGGAGGGACAGUAAAGGAAAAGACAAAGAAUAUGCUGAAAUCAUUAGGAAACAGGUUUCAGCCACUAACGCCGAAGCAGAAAAGGAUGGAAUGGAGGUCCCUACAACCCUGGCGGAAUAUUGCAUCAAAACUAAGGUGCCUUCCAAUGACAACAGCUCAGACUUGCUUUAGGACGACUUGUAUGAUGACGACAUUGGUGAUGAAGACGAAGAGGAGGAAGACGCCCACUGUUACUACGACGAUGAUUCUGGGAAAGAGGAGUCCUGAG